AUGGCUACACCAAGAAAAACAAAGAACUCCCACUUAGGCAGAAAAAGCAGCGAAACUCAAGAACAUUCAGAAAACAAAAGAAUCAAAAUUGUGAAAUGCGAUUCAUCCACGGACAAAAGUAAGAUAUGCUACCCGUAUGUUGCAGGAGAAAUAGACAUUCCAUUAACAAUUGACAACAACAACAACGAGAUUCAAACAGAUGUUGUUCAAUGCCAAACUUUGCACCAUGACCAUUCCUACAUAUGCUGUAAUCCUGAGAUGAAGUAUUGUAGAGAGCAAGACCUUAUAGAAAGAAUAAGACUUUUAGAGGUUAAAUGCGGAGAACUUGAAGUAGAAAACAAAGAACUGAGAAAAGAGAAUGAAAUCCUAAAAUCCCGUGAAGUUGAUUUCCGGAAGGAACUUCUCAACAAAGUACUUCAAGAUGACAAAAACAUCAAACAUUUUCUAGGGUUACCCUCUCUUAGUUUUCUUACAUUCUUUUUGCAAUUCCUUGCAGUAUUUUAUGACAAGGUUUCAUUUUGGAAAGGGGCUGGGAGGUCAGGAUCCAAGAAAUGGCAAGAAAAACAGCAAAAUAAACCAGCUCAAAUUCUAGACUCUGUAGUUAAGUGGCCAGCAAGUGAAAAGGUCAGGAAACACAUGCCAUUAUCAUUUAAACUCAAGUAUCCCAAAACAACUUCAAUAAUUGACUGUACAGAAGUCUUCAUCCAAAAACCCAAAAAUUGUUCAGCUCAAGCAAACACAUGGAGUAAUUACAAGUCUCAUAACACCCUUAAAGCUCUGGUUGCUAUACAGCCCAAUGGGGCCUUUACUUUUGUAUCAAAAUUCUGGAGUGGCAAUAUCACUGACAGAAAAAUUACAAUUGAGAGCAAAUAUCUUAAUCACAUUUCUCCAGGGGAUGAGGUGAUGGCCGACAGGGGAUUCCAGAUACGAGACCUUCUUACUUUGAAAGGUGCAUACUUGAACAUGCCACCUUUUACACAUGAAAAAAGAAAUGGCAAAGGAAGGGUGCUAACUUCAAAGCAAAUUCUUGAGACUCGCAAGAUUGCUUCACUUCGUAUUCAUGUGGAGCGAGCUAUUAGAAGACUAAAAUCUUUCAAAAUGUUGGGAGGAAUUCUACCCCUUAACAUGAAAAAUUUGUCAUCUGCAAUGUUGAGAGUAGCUGCAGCUUUUUGUAACUUUCUGCCACCUUUGUCAAAGAAAUUUAAAUAG